UGCUUGAACUGAUGCAUGAAGAGUGUUUUAUGGAUUAACCCUUCAUUGAUUACUUACAACAGCUACAUAGUUAUGGCGACCUUCCAGACUUUCAAAAACAGUCGCAUGAAAACUAGAGCAUCUGUCAGAAAAAGCUUCAGUGAAGAUGUGUUCCAGUCUGUAAAGUCUUUAUUACAGAGUGAGAAGGAACUAUGCAGUGUAUCAGCAGAGGACUGUUUAAAGCAGGAUGAACGUGCCAAUUUGACUGAGGUCACAUUUCUAGGAUUUAAUGAAGAAACAGAUGCUGCUCAUAUACAGGAUUUAGCUGCAGUUUCUUUGGAGCUUCCAGAUCUUCUGAAUUCACUGCACUUUUGCAGCCUAAAUGAAAAUGAAAUUAUUUGUAUGAAGGAUAUAAAUAAGUCCUCAGAUACAAACAGUGGUCCUAUAAACCAGAGUCAUCAUUCUGGAAUGCUUUGUGUCAUGAGAGUGUCACCUACAUUACCAAGAGUCAGAGCUGAUUUUAUCUUUAGUCUCCUAAGUAAAUAUGCCACUGGUAUAAGAUACACCCUGGACACAUACUUGCAUCAGAAGCGCCAGCUUGAGGCCACUAAUGAAGAUGAUGACGACACUAACCAGUCAGUAUCGUCCAUCGAAGACGACUUUGUCACUGCGUUUGAGCACUUAGAGGAGGAGACUGCAAAGCCAUAUAGUGAUGGAAUAAACGUUACUGCACUAAGGAGCCAGUGUGAUGUUGCUUCACAGACUAUUUCUGGUCACCACUUAGAAACCCAUGAUUUGAGGGUUCUGGUUAGCUCUGGGCGGCAGAAGUCCUUGGCUAAACCUUCAACUUCUCUAAUAAACGUCCUGGAACAUAAAGAACUGCCUUCUGUGAAAACUUCAGUCACAACAUCAGUUUCUGAGGCUUGGGUCCAGAGGAGUUUCUACAGAUCAUCCACUGCUUCAGAUAAAGUCAGUGCUGCGCAGACAAUGCUGUUUUCUCCUUCUCCCGCCUACUCGUCUGAGUCGGAGUGCUCAAGUCCAAGUCCUGUUAUUUUCUUGGAUGAAGAGGGCUAUCAAAAAAGUCUGAAAGCAAAACUUGAGUUACCUAAAAUUCCGGUGAUGAAAGAUGAUAUUGAGGAUUCAGACUCAGAAGUGAGUGAGUUUUUUGAUAGUUUUGACCAGUUCGAUGAACUGGAGCAGACUUUAGAGAUGGCUUGUCCGUUUCUAAAAGAUCCUGCCUCAGGGAAGCCACCGCAAAAGAAAGGGCCCAAACAUGAACAAUCUUGUUCUGCAACCACUGCUAUGAAUCCUCAAAAGUUCAAGUCUGAUCGUCCAGCUCUCCCAGCUAAUGUAAGGAAGCCAACUCCUCGCAAACCAGAAUCCCCUUACAGUAACCUGUGUGAGGCUCCAGAUUCUCCCCGCCUGGUGAAGGCCUCGGGGGAGGACAGUGGCCUGUUCAGCCCUAUUCGGUCCUCUGCCUUUAGUCCUCUUGGAGGCUGCACGCCUGCUGAAUGUUGUUGCCAAGCAGCUGCUGGUGGCAGUAGGAUUCCUGAAAGGCACGAUUCUGUUUAUCACACCUAUGAGGAUUAUGCGAAUAGCAUUUCACGUGAAGUGCUGGGCUCGGUUCUUCACCCCCGACAUCCUAACGCAGCAUCAGACGUUGAUCGUAUUAAAAAGGGGGAACCUAAAACUGUAGCUCUCAAGCGUGGAAGCCUUGAUCACAGAAGUCGAUCUAAAAAUAAAUCCUCAGUGAUUAAGGAUGGCAUUCAGAAGUUUGCAGCGGAUCUCGUGGAAAAAAGUUUUGGCAGUGCAUUUAAAGACUUGCAGAAGGGAGUCUCUUCGUGUACCAACGCCCUGUGCCAACUGGCCGUCAAACUGACAUCCUCCGUUUUUCAGAUGGCAUUUAACGAACUGAGAAGGCAGCGUGCGUUUUUUCUGAAAGAACGAGCCAUUAGCAGUCUGGCUAACUUUUUGGUGAGUGAAGCUUUCUCAAAUGCUUUGAAAGAUUUGCAGUACGUAAAGAAGCAGAUCUUCACGAACACCGUGGCGAGGUUCGCCGCAGAUCUUGCCGAAGAGCUGGUUUUUGAAGGCAUCAUGGAAGUGUGUGCUCCCACGUUUUCCCCUUCUUUUAACGGUCAGACGAUGAUGGCGACGAAACCAGUGCAGGAACAUAAAAAGGAAUACACAGUGCAGCAGGCCUUGUUUUGUACUUCUGGAGUGGCUACUUCUAUACCCGUGCCCUUGGCAGGAAGCGCCCUCCUCCCGUAUCAUGCUUCAUCUAGUGCGCGGCAGGCAGAGUCUCCCCCAUCAUCUGAUGCUAGUGACUUGAAUGGAGAUUCCCCCCAAGCAGGUGUUACCACAAAAAACAAAGAAGAGGAAGUAGCUUGUCUCAGAAAUAUCUGUUUACCUUCAGAACACGACCCAGGUGACCAGAAUGUUGUUAAGCCAACUAAUGAUUAUAUGGAAAUGAGAAACCCUUCAAAAUCAACAAGCGAUCCUGUGGGUGUUAGCAACUUUUCUGCAGCAAUGGUGCGUACGAUAGUCAGUGAAACUUUAGAGUCAGUGAUGUCACUCAGAGUUACAGAAACAGUGGAGGGACACACAGGUGGUUUAACUACAACAGUAAAGGGGAAGACCUCUCCUUCCCCCUGUGAUGCAGCAGCACUGCAACAGAGUGAAGCCAGCAACAAGGACGUGUUUGCUGAUCGAUUAUCUAAAUCUAUUAUUAAACAUUCCAUAGAGAAAAGCAAAUCAGUGAUCCCAAAGGUAGAUAGAAAUGGACUAGACAAAGGAGGCUUGCCUUUGCCUGGAGAAGAAUCACGGCUGACUUUGGAAAAGUUCCCCAAAUUUCGUGAAGCUCAAGACCGUUUACCUCACUGUUCACAUUCUGCAGGGAAGGAUUGUGUUUCUGGCUGUAAAGGUUCUGCAGCUCAUGAAUUCUCUUUAGAGACACUACCACCUUGUCCAACUGUGGCAGGUCAGAAACCUGAUUUGAAGGAAAUAACUAAGGGCAAAUCUGUGAAGAAGAGUAAUUUGAAUAAUACAGCACUUGAGUCCUUGUCUCUGGGGCAGGAGACCCCCUUUCCCCAUUCACAUCCUCUCUCGUCCACGGUGCUUGCUUGUGCAGAUGGUUUGCAAGUGGAAGACAAACAGAAGAUCACAGAUGGAAACGUAAUGCCUGAUACCCCUCCGUCAACUCCUCUAGGACCAUCCCAGGCAGCUUCCGAAUGGGAUCUCAAGAAGUUAACCAAAAAACUCAAGGGGGAAUUAGCAAAAGAAUUUGCGCCCGCGACACCACCCUCGACACCUCACAAUUCAUCUGUUGGUAGUUUGGCUGAAAGUGAACAAAAUCCUAUAGAGAAAGAGGAGUUCAUGCUGAAGCUCAUGCGAUCCCUUUCAGAAGAAGUUGAGAGCAGUGACGGUGAGGAGCUCCCGGAAGUGGACAUGAAGUCAGAGCCCUCGGGGAAGAAAGUUCAGUUUGCAGACGCCUUAGCCACGCACAUCAUUUCUCUUGCCACCGAAACGGCAGCUUCCCAUUUAGACAAUAAAAUAAUUCAAGAACCCAUGGUCCAAAGCCCUCGCUUGAACACACAAAGUCAAAGAAGUGGAUCACCUCCCUUUUUGAAUUGCUCAGAUGAGAAUUUACAGACACUGUGCAGCUUUGCAGGCGAUAUGGCAGCAGACGUCAUUACAGAAGCUGAAAAAAUAGCCAGAGUCAGACGUUGUCUGCUCUCCAGGCAGAAGAGGAACAGUUGUUACGUUGAUGGUGACCGAGAUGAUACAUCAGUGGAGAAGCUGGACGUCGAGGCUAUAGCACACCCAAGAGAAGUUGACCCGUUUAUUCUUUCGCUACCACCACGUUCUUGUAUGUCAGGUCUGACCUACAAGUAUCCCAGCUGGGAAAGUGUGACAGAUGAGUACGCAGGUCACAUUAUCCAAAUACUAAAGCAGGAGGGUGGGAACAGUGAGUUAAUAAUGGAUCAGUAUGCGAAUAGACUCGCUUAUCGGUCUGUGAAGUCAGGAUUGCAAGAAGCAGCCAAGACAGCCAGAAUGAAGUGCAGCUCGGCAGCGUUCCCCAUGCAGAGCUCACAGACAAAGACCAGCGAUGAACUGUUACUGUCCCUAAGUAAAGAACACCAGCAAGAAGUCGAUAAAAAAAGACACAGCAAGAGAGGUGGCGGUUACCUCUGUAAGAACCAAACUUGUGAACGGACCCGGGAUCCGCACAGAAGCGAGGGCUCUGAGCUGUACAGGUUUUCAACCUCUCUCGCUCACAGCAUAACAAGGGAUGUUACAAGAGCGCUGAGGGCAUCUCCAGUUGGCUUGCCAAAAUCCGUAACAGAUUCUUGCCUUUAUGAAAAAUACGGCUGUGAUGAAGACACUGAGCCCCACGUGGAGCCAGACUUUCCUAAGCCUUUUGAGCCUUCCUCCCAGAGUCACAGGUUUCACCCCAGUCCUGGCAGCUUGAACGGGGGUGGCUACGGAGGGAGCGUCGUUCAGGCUGUAGAGCAGUAUGCCAAAAAGGUGGAGGGUGACACUUUAGAGCUGAGUCCAGGGUCCGCAGCCCCCCACACAUCGGAGACCACAAAAGCGGCUGAGAGGAUCACUCACGCAGAAAAGUUGUCCCCUCUGGUCGGUCAAGCUUGCCGAUACUGUGACCAGAAAGAGCUCCAGGACAGCACUGGACAUUCCUCUCCACACUUUCCCAGACGGGAUUCCCUUGCCAGCAGUCAGCCUGUUUCUAAUUCAAAAUUCAGCAACUUCUGUCAGAAGUCUAGAGGUUUUCAUCUGGACGUCCCUCAGAUUCCCGUUGACCUUGCUAAGAAGACAGUACUGGCUGAGAAGAUAGUUGCUGAAGCGAUCGCAAAGGCAGAGAGAGAGCUGAACAGUGCCAGCCUGGUCGCUGAUAGUGGCAUCGGACAGGAUGGUGUCAGCUUUGCCGAGAGCCUCACCACGGAGAUAAUGACGUCGGCGAUGAUGAAUGUCGGACAUGCUGUUAGCAGCCCAAAAGAAAUAGAAGACUUUCAGUCAUCUGAGUCUUUUGGUAGCCAGCAGAUGAAUCUCAGUAUUGGUGAUGACAGCACGGGUAGCUGGUCCAACUUAAGCUUUGAAGACGAGCACCAGGAUGAGAGCAGUAGUUUUCAUCACCUAAGUGAGAGUAAUGGUAACAGCAGUAGCUGGAGCAGUCUUGGUUUAGAAGGAGAUUUGUAUGAGGACAAUUUAUCCUUUCCAACAUCAGACAGUGAUGGUCCGGAUGACAAAGACGAAGAGCAUGAGGAUGAUGCAGAAGGUUUGGAGCAAGAUGGGAAGACUCUGCUAGUUGCGAACGUUGACCUGGAGCCGUGCACGGUAGACCCCCAGCUGAGGAUCACUCUUCAGUGGCUCGUUGCCUCUGAGGCCGAAGUUGCAGAACUUUAUUUUCAUGACUCAGCAAAGAAGGAGUUUAUACAACUUUCAAAACGAUUGCAAGAAAAAGGCUGGAAAGUGGGAGAUGUCCUCCAGGCUGUGCUUAAAUACUACGAGGUGAUGGAGAAGACUUCCAGCGAGGAGAAACGCAAGUCCCUGUUUGAUUGGCUCUUGGAAAAUGCAUAGAACAAACUCCAAACAAGAAUAUUUUAUUAUUUGUUUUGGGAGAGGAAGAAACAGAUAAAGAUGCGUAGGGUAAUAUUUGAAUGGUGAAUAUUAACAUUUAAAGUGAAUCUGGAGGAAAGUAAAUGUAGCUUUUUAAGUGCAUUGUGUCAUCACACGGUGUAUAUAGUCCCUAUUUUUGGAAUCUGUCAAAUGUUAUCUUCAUUUAUUCUUCUGUACACAUGUGUAGUGUGUUAAGACCCUGAGAACAUGUAUUUGGAAGAAAUUCUAACCAUGAGGCUUUCAGGGACAUUGACUGACGGCAUUCUUUUUGCAUCCAAAUUGUGCUGCUAGAAAUUGCACUGAGGUGGCUGAGGGUGGAUUCCAGGGAUAAAGAGUUAUAAUUUUGCUCCUUUGCAAGCAGAUGGUAUCCUAUUAAUAAGUAAAUUGACAUCAAAAAAUAGCAUUGAGGCUAAUUUUUUUUCCUGAUUUUUUUGUCCUAUUUUUAAAGGGUCAAUUUUAUUUUCGUAGUUCAGCUAUUGGUAGCUUUUGGAAUCCCCCAAGCUAUUUAAUUUCUUAGAAGCAUUAGUAUUUUAGGUUUCUAUAAAUCCUGUGAUAGUUUCCCCAGCCUUUCGUCAAAUGACAUUAUUUGCUAAUGUCGCCAACUGUUCUGGCAUGAAAGCGAGUGUGUGCACGUGUGUGUGUGUGUGUGUGUGUGUGUAAAGGAGAGCUUUAACCUUGCUAGUGCGUGGUGCCCUCUUUUAUUUUACUCUUUUCUUGGUUAGAAACCCACUGUUAACAUUAAAAAGGUGCUUUAAAAUAAAAUGUCUAUAAAGAUUGUGCAGUAAGAAUUUUUAUUUUUAUUUUUUUGACUAUUUUGGGUCCCCAGUUUAUCCUAUAAAUGAGAACCUUUCUUUAAAGGCACUUUGUGAUUUUUCCAAAGACAUUCUGGAUCUGUUCGGCUGCUCAAUCUUCAUGUUGAAAUUUUAAAAAUCAACGUAAAUUUGAAAAUUCAUUUAGAGGAGCCCAGUAAUGAGUCUCAUUGUUGGAAUUUUGGAAAAAACAAAAAACAAAUUCCACUUUAAGCAAAGAUAAACUUUGUCUAGAAAAAAAAUGAGACUCCCCCACCCCCUUCCCCAAUAAAAUGCACCUGCUCUGUUUUGUAAAGUCCUCUGAUGGGAUCUUUCUGGGCUCCGUGUUUUCUGCGUGUCUUUAGUAACUAAAGGUUGACUUGAAUAGAGAACCAGGCUUGUGUCAUGGUUUUGUACGUGAGGGUGUAUGUGUAAGUUUUUGGUUCUUCCAUUAGCAGAUUUUGUAAUCUGGAGUAAAUCACUUUUUGUUGGAGGCUUUGGUUUUGUUCCGUUACUUUCCCUUUUUUUCCUGAGUACUGACUAUUCCAGAAGCUACACAAACGUUAGAAGACAUAGCACCUGCCAGGGGACAAAGAGGAAGAGAACUUACGUUAAUUUGAAUUAAUAAUUAUGGUAGAGAAAUUAUUUUAUUGCUUUUGAAGAAAUUUGCUUUUUGAGGGAAAAAAAUGCCAAAAAUCUAUUUAAGUAUCUUGAGGUUACAUCGUGAGCUUUGGUUUUUCUCAAUUUAAGAUAAAGCAAUUGAGCAGGCCUUAAGAAGAAAUUUUCCUAAAAUUUCUUCAGGUAUUUUUUAAGGUGGAGAAAUGCAGGAAGGAUAUAUAUAUAUAUAACCAGAAUUGAUUCUGCCUUUAACUUCUCAGAAUGUGAGAUGCAGUGGCCCUGGACCGGGUUUUUAAAUGUCAGGAACUGGGUCGUUACAACAUGGAUGAAUGGAUUAUUAAGUUUAGAUUGAGGUUUUACAAAUAUAUAUCUAUCACGUUGUGUUUAGUCACUUCAGCAUACGUAUGGGUUUGACUAACAGCAAAACUGAGUUCUGCAUUUCUUUUAAACUAAAGUGACAGUGUGUUAGCUCUGUAAAACUUUCUGUACUUGAAGGUGUUGAGUGUUUAUUUCUCUCCCAGUGAUAAUCAUUCUGAGGUAAGGUUGUCCUCAUGUCUUUGUUUUCUUUGCCUUUUCUGGAGCUGGGCUGGAUUCACAGUUCCCUCAUGACAGACCAGUCAUUAGAUGCUUGCGUGCGUAGCACUGGUCCCACUGGAACUCCACCCUCGUUUCAGUUCAGUGCAGAGGAGUGGAGAAAAAUACUGAGUAUUGGCAGACGUGCAAGGAAGCGUGAGUUAAGCUUCCUUUUAUAGAGAGAAAACAUUUGAGUUUAGAGCAGUAUCUUUAAUCAAGAACAGUCUAAAUUUAACUUUCUGUAAAGGCACUUUGUGAUUUUUCCAAAGACAUUCUGGAUCUGUUUGGUUACUCAGUCUUUAGAACAGCUCUGUCGGUUGAGGCCAACUCUGUCUUAUUUUAUUAAAAAUCUACUUGACACAGUUUUAUUACGACAUUGUAAUACUGCCAUUCUGCACACUUUGGCCUUUAUGAAAUAUCAUGUCUUACUCAGAACUGUUAACAUUGCAAUGUGCUUUGGGUUGAAUUCUCUGUUUAUCAGUUUCAGAACCAUCAGGAUCUGUAAAAAGAAAGUGAAGGAGGAGGGGGGUUUUUAGAACAUUGUUUCAGACUGAAAUGGGGCAAUUCUUUCGCAUUCUUCUUUUCCCAAGCCAAGUUUAAAUCACAUUUAUAUUUUGGGUAUUAUUAAUUUUGAUUUUGAAAAUAUUUCCUGAAGGAAUAAUUCAUUUAUAAAUCACAGAAGAAAAUUACAGUAUGAUUUUGAUACAAUUUAAUGGCAUAAUAAAAUCUUUGAGAAUAUUCACUCAGUGAAUAUAUGUGAUGAACAUCUUCAUAUUUUGAAAACUGUUCCACUGACCCUUAUGAAUAUUUAAUAUGAAUUAAUUCGGUUAUAAUACUUUCACUUUGCUUAUAUGAGGGUUUUAUUUUGCUGGUGGGAGAGGUUAAUUACUUAUUAAAUGCCCGACGUAUAAAGUGAAAGAUAGUUUACCCACGUGACUUUGACAUCAGUGCAUGUCCCCCAGGUGCAGAGUUUAACCUUGGCUCUUCAUCAGAGUCCAGACUCAGAUGUCUUCUUAGUUAAAUAUUUAGCAAAUGUUAUUCUUCCACAAUUAAAAUGAUCAACUUCCCACCAGCCUGUUGCUUUAAAUUUUAUGUUUUUUUCCAAAGGAAUCUUUCCACAGAAUUUUUAAAAAAACAAUGCACCCAGGGUGUAGGGAGAAUACUUACCAGUUAAAACCCCGCCUCCUGUCACCAGCACAAGAGAAUUAGAGUUUCCGUGGGGAUUACAAAAUUGUACUAAAAUGAAAUGCGCUUUUUCCUCAUUGUUCGCAAAAGACCCUACACACCUUUACUCACGCGCUGUAUUCCUGCUCUGAAGAUGCAAAUACAGUGUUAGUCACUCUUGUCACUUUAUUUAUUUAUUUUUUUUUACCAUCCAUGCACAUUCCUUUCACAUGGGCAGAAUUGUAGUUCUAGAAGCUCAUUGUUUUGUUUUUGUUGUAAUGUUUGAAUGCUGUUUAAUAUCAGGUUUUACUGUUGCUGGAUUUGCUACCUUUGGUUGCUUGUGCAGUGUUAAAAGUUAAUUCACAUUCUUGUUUAAUAUACCAGAUAUAUAGCAAAAGCAGCUUUGAAUAAUUGUAGCUGUUAUUUGACUGUGCUGAAUUAAUACAGUAAGAUCUUGUAUAGCAGUAACUUUUUUUUUUUUUGCUUUUCAGUAAUUUAAUAUGUUCAUUUACCAAAAUAUGAACUUCAGGAUGCACUAAAAUUUUGUUUCAGCCGUGGCUCAAAAUAAACAUUUCAGAAAUUACUUUUGUAAUAAUUUGCAAUGAAUUGUUCUGUUACCUUUUUUCAAUUCCUUAAGUUUGUGAUCUUUCUCUCCCAACUAAGAAUUCUCCAAUAAACUCGAGAUGUCUGGC